AUGAGGAUUCUAGCAGCACUAUGCCUAGUCUCACUUCUUUACUCUUGCAAUGGCGGUGACGAUUUUGUAUCUAAGGGCACUAGUGACACUACCCUUGACCUGGAAGAAACAACAGACUCGUUGUGCAGAGCCUAUUAUACAUCAUUCUAUGGAAUUAAUACAAGAGUGUAUAAUAUAAAACCUGGUACAAAUGUCCAGAGGAUAGUUUGUAGAGAAUAUGAGGUGUGGAAGAGCAAAGGAGGAACAAAGUGCGUCUACUCUGUUGCAUUUCUAAAGGACAAGGAACCACAAGUAAUUCUUGUCAUAACUUCUGAUCAAGGAAAUCUUGUUCACUGCUUCUUUAGGUUUCAGAAAGAGGAUGGUUGGCUUACUUGCUGCGGGCGGUUUAAUACAAAAGGUUGGAAUAGUACAAGUAGUUAUGCCAAGGAAAUUGAAGAGUUACGUGUUCCUACAGCUUCAGUCUCAGAGCAUUCGAUUGAUGUUUCCAGAGAAAGGGAUAAUGAACACUGCAAGAUUAGCUACUAUGACAAGUAUGGCCCAUCGAGUCGCUUCUAUGCCUCAAAAAACGGCCAUACUGCCAAAGAAGUAAAGGAUGAGAAUAAUAAAAUAUGGGAAGCCACCAAAGAUCAAGCAUGUCUACUAUGUGAGCAUCAUGAAAGGGGUGAGAAUGCCUUUUUGAGACUACACAUUAAACGGAGUGACUACAAGGUGAUAUUCCGCUGCUUUAAGCUUGUAGAUUAUGAGUGGAAGAACAUUACUGAGAAGGAUUUUAAUGAGAUUUAUACCUUAAGGAAAAGGAAAGUAUUAUCCAAAAAUUCCCCAGUCAUUUGA